AUGGUUUCCUACAAACUCAUCUACUUCAAUGGUCGUGGAAGAGCCGAGGUUAUCCGCCAGAUCUUCGCCCUUGCAGGCGAAAAAUUUGAGGAUGUCCGAGUUUCGCAAGAAGAGUUUCAGAAAAUGAAAGCUGAAUUUCCGUUUGGCCAGCUGCCAGUGCUAGAAAUUGAUGGAAAAGAAGUGGCGCAAACACCAGAACACCAAGAUAUGCCUGACAAAGACAAGACAAGGAAGCUGGCGCAAUCAUUCGCCAUUGCUCGAUUCCUUGCGAAACAAUUCGGACUGUCGCCAAAAUGCCCCUUCGAAGAGGCACUCGUGGAUUCGCUCAUGGAUCAGUACAAAGAUUUCCAUAACGAGGUUCUUCCGCUGCUCAAAGUACUGAUGGGAUUCGCACAGGGGGAUGUUGACCAACUCACAAAGGAUGUGUUAGUUCCUGCACGCGAUAAAUUCUUUGGAUUCAUGACAAACUUUCUGAAGAAAAACGGCAGCGGUUAUCUCGUUGGCAGCUCUAUAACCAUUGCUGACCUUCUUCUGGCGGAAUUCUCCGCUGAAGUAGCCAAAAAAAUUCCCACGCUUUAUGAUGGGUAUCCAGAGAUCAAAGCUCACGCCGAAAAGGUCCGCUCGAAUCCUGCGAUCAAGAAAUGGAUCAAGACACGGCCAGAGACUAAAUUUUAA